UAAGCGGCUGUUUGGGACGGGUGCGCGCACUCUUCGCGCAUCUCGCCACAUUAGCUGAAGCAUCUACGCUUUCGCUGUGGAGCUGCAGCAGACGGUUGAUUUUUACAAUUGAAAAUCCGCUCCUUCUGGUCCAAAACGAUAUCUUGUAUCUUACAAGUCUACCUCUGGUAAAACGGCGUUGAGACCCGCUCAGUCCUCCACUGCAGCAGAUUGCCUUCAUGAUGUCAUCGUAUUAUCAUACGGGGAAAGAGGUGGAUAUGGCGGCGAUGACGGAACCGCUCUGCUUGGAAAGAGAUGUUUGCAGGGUGAUAGAACUGUUGGACAGGCUUCAAAGAAGCGGUGAGCUUCCUCCUCCCAAACUUCAGGCUCUACAGAGAGUUCUACAGAGCAAGUUCUGUGCUGCCAUCAGAGAGGUCUACGAGCAGCUUUAUGAUACAUUGGAUAUUGUAGGUGGGCCUGAGGUCCGAGCACAAGCCACUGCCAAGGCCACAGUAGCAGCAUUUGCUGCCAGUGAAGGUCACGCACACCCAAGAGUGGUUGAACUCCCUAAAACAGACGAGGGGCUCGGGUUCAACAUCAUGGGGGGGAAAGAACAAAACUCUCCCAUCUACAUAUCCAGGGUCAUCCCAGGAGGUGUUGCUGACCGACAGGGUGGUCUGAAGAGAGGAGAUCAACUGCUCUCUGUUAAUGGAGUGAGUGUGGAGGGAGAACACCAUGAGAAAGCUGUAGAGCUGCUAAAGGCAGCUCAGGGUUCAGUGAAACUGGUGGUGCGUUACACCCCUAAAGUCCUCGAAGAGAUGGAAGCCAGGUUUGAGAAGAUGAGAAGCGCCAGGAGACGCCAGCAACAUACCAGCUACUCGUCUUUGGAGUCCAGGGGUUAACCAAUCUUAACCUCUGACUUGGCUGCUGAUCCAUUCUCCCACCCUUUCUGCUCCUGUAGGAUGACAGAAGACCCUGGGGAGAUCAGUGUAGACUACCCUUAGAUAUUUAUGUUAGUGGAACGAUCUCAAAACAUGUAGACCUCAAAUAUACUAUUUUCCCUGGCCAUGCAGAGGGAGAGACUGCAUAGUGCAUCUGGUCUGUCUUGAGUCUGAUUUUCUAUUGUAUUCUUCUGUGGAACCUGCACCCUGUGAUAUGCUGGGUGGUUGUGUGUGUGUGUGUGUGUGUGUGUGUGUGUGUGUCUGUUAGCACAGAAGAGAGCUUUAACAAUUGCCUGGAGAGUGCAAAUAGCACGCAGUAUGUGUACUUGUAGGACAAAAUGUGUGUCUUUUGCUGUAGGUUUAUUGAACUGAAUGGCAUGAUGGUUCCUACUUAGACCAUUAUUCAUUCACUCACUUAUUGAGUCUGUUUCAGAAAACAUGCAUUGACAAUAGAGUUAAAGCUAUGCAUCCCAUUUACAGUAUAAGUAUUCUUGUAUCAUGUGUUCUGCUCUGAGAACUACAUAACGAGGACAAACACUGUUAUUGCAAAAGACACUUCCUGAUUAAACUGAUUGCUCUGUACUAAGCACGCCAUACUCAAAUAGGGUCAUGAAAGUGUGCUGCUAUGAGUGGCUUUGUGCUGCCAGUCAUAGUGCCUAUGUUCAAUGCUUGAAUUUUUGAGUUUAUUUAUAUAUUUAUUCAUACAUUAAAAUCAACAAUGUAAUUUAA